GCCACAGUCGGAGCCGCCGCCGCCUGGAGCAGCCGGGACCCCCCUACCUCGCCGUCCGCGCCCAGCCUCCCGCGCCAUGCCGUCGGAGAAGACCUUCAAGCAGCGCCGCACCUUCGAACAAAGAGUAGAAGAUGUUCGACUUAUACGAGAGCAGCAUCCUACCAAAAUCCCGGUGAUAAUAGAACGAUACAAGGGUGAGAAGCAGCUUCCUGUCCUGGAUAAAACCAAGUUCCUUGUACCUGAUCAUGUCAACAUGAGUGAACUCAUCAAGAUAAUUAGAAGGCGCUUACAGCUCAAUGCUAAUCAAGCCUUCUUCCUGUUAGUGAAUGGACACAGCAUGGUGAGUGUGUCCACACCGAUUUCUGAAGUGUAUGAAAGUGAGAAGGAUGAGGAUGGAUUCCUGUAUAUGGUGUACGCCUCUCAGGAGACGUUCGGGAUGAAAUUGUCAGUGUAAGACUGGAAAAAGGCGUCUGUUCCAGAAUCUUUUAAACCCUUACCAAGGAAAAACAAAGGGAUGUUACCAACUGAGAUUGAUGAGUUCAUCUAAUCACAGAUCAUCAAAACAGUAGUGUUCCUGCCUAGGAGUUUUAGGAAGUUGUUUUUGUACUUCAAGCAGAAAAACUGAGCUCCAAAUGAGCACAUUCAGCUUUGGAAAACUAAUUAUUUAACCUAGGCUGUUUUGUUUUCAAAUUUAUAAGUUUAAAAAUAAAAUACUUUGCAUUCUGAGUUGCCAAUAAAAUAGACCUUCAAGUUAUUUUAAUGCUCUUUCCCCAAUAGGAACUUGCAGUUUGAGCAUUCAGAGACAUUGUCUCCUCUCUAGGUUCACGGAACCUGCCAACUUUUUAUAGAAGGGUUUCUACUCAACUAGAGAAAUCUCUGCAAGAGGAUCUUUAAGCAUAAGUUGUCAAGCAUAGCCCCCACAAAACGCAUUUGCCAUAAUAGUUGGCAAAAAGCAGGGUAAAUGGGGGUGUCUGAGAAAACUCUAAACUGCUGAGGUUCCCGAUUCCUAAUAAGUCUACCCCACGUCAACACUCUUGCAGUGUCAGUACGUUCUUCUUUGAUUUGCUCUUUAGAUGGUUGUGCAUAGAAAAGCACCACAGCUCAGUAGGAACCCUGAAUAAUUUAUAAUUUUGGUCUAGUUUCUCAAAAGGCCCAGAGAUAAACAGUGACAUUUCUUCUGUUUUGGCUAUUCUUUAGCUCGUACUAGUGCCUGCUUGGGUGAAUAAACAAGCAGUUGUGUCAGUUUCAUGCUUUAGGACAGUGGUAGAAACUAUAGAAUACUGAAACUAAAAGCAUUAACCUUCAGAUGCCCUUCCUCUACCUUUUGGCUUAAAGCUGUAGAUGAUCCAUGUUUUAUGUUAAAUGUGUGAUUAAACUAUGUUAUUCAAAAGUUACCACACUUUUAAGAGUAUUUCAGUUAUCACUGUUAGGUCAAACCACCAUCACAAUUCCCCACUAGGUGCAUGUCAGUUGUGAAGAAAACAUAGCAGAAGCAGCUAUACGCUCUUCCAGAUACUCAUGUCCAGAGUUAAACACUUCCCGAGUCCAGCUAGAAUAAAUGCCCAAUGCUUCCUACUACCUGCAUGGGGUUCCUAUUUACUAUUUUCGUGGGAGUGUCACAGACUGCUUAGACUGUAAUGUGGCAGGUCACGACUUACCCUUGUGUAUUUAGAUGUGUGGAAUGCCUGUAUCUGUUGGUGAAGGUGUUUUCUGUAAUGGAGGGGAAAGCAAUGUUACUGCAUAUGGGCCCUCAACCCCCAACCUCCCGUCAGCUACUCUUCCCACUGCAUGCAUCUGUCCACAUGGCCAACUUUUAAUAUGUAUAUUUUUACAUUAUGUAAAUUCUUAAUCAGCUUGUCUCGUUUAGAUUGUAUACAGCAUUAUAUCUGACAUUCUUGUAACUACUGUGAUCAGUAAGAUUCCUGUAAGAAAUUCUGCUUUUUAAAAAAACAAAAAUACCGUGGUGAGAGGGGUGACUUACAUCCCACAUUAGUGGGUGAUCACUCUAUUUAUAGGAUCUUUAAAACAAGUACAUUUUUAACGAACUAAGGUGAAUAAAGGCACAACUAAAAACUGUCAUCAAAGCUCAA